GAAUUCUAAUGUAAGGAACACCUGAUUUAGAUUAAGCUCCUUCUAUAAGUUCAAUAGGCAAACCUUGGGGUAAAUUAGUAUCUAUGAAUGGAGCAAAAAUAAGCUCAUAAGAUCUUUUUGAUAAUGAAGUAAAAUUUGAAUAAUAAUUGAGGUUACUAUUGGAAGAUUACCUACUAAUAAAAUAAUAAUACCAGACAAUCGAUUAUCAGGAACACAUUGUAAAUUAAAAUGGGAUUCUAUUAAUAAUAUAACCUAACUUUAAGAUUUAUCUACAAAUGGAACAUUUAUUGGAGAUUAAAAAAUAGGAAAGAAUAAUGAAAUUUUAGUUAAAAAUGGUGAUGAAAUAUAUAUUUUGCAUAAAAGCAAAGUACCAAUAUCAGAUAUUAUUGGUUUUACAUUAAUAAUUUAAUAAGUAAAAGAAGUUUAAGUAGCUGCUUAAUUAGAUGAAUAAUAAUAAAAAAAGUUAUAAAUGAUGGAAGAUAUGUAAGAGGAUAUUCAUUGUCCUAUUUGCGAUGAUCUCAUUUUCUAAUGUGUUUCUCUUAUGCCUUGUUUACAUAAUUUUUGUGGAGCAUGCUUUUCAGAUUGGAUGGCUAAAUAAAAAACAUGUCCAUCUUGUAGAAAAGAUGUACAAUAAGUAAAUAAAAAUCCCAUGGUUAAUAAUGUUGUAGAGAAAUUCCUAUUAAUGAAUCCUGAAAAAAAAAGACCUCCUGAGGAAUAUAAAGAAAUGGAUGAAAAAAAUAAAAUUAAAGGAGAUGCUCUUGUAUUUACUUAAGCUCCUCCUCCUCCUCUUGUUCCUCCUCCUUCAGUUCCUAUUAUCUAAAAUGUUGCACCAUCAAGAAGAGGCAGAGGAAGAGCAGCAAUUUAGCAAUAAUAAAUAUAAUAAUCUCCUUCUAUAUAAAAUAAUAUUUAAAAUUAAUCCAAUUAUGAUGGACCAGUUACUAAAGAUUGUAUUACUUGCCUAAGAACUAUUAAUGGAUUUCAAUGUUAAAAAAGAGGAUAACAUAUUAAUUGUACUAAUUGUUAAUCAAAAAUGCCAAAGUUUGGUAUUUUAUUUAUUUAAUUUAGAUUUAAAUGAAAAAAGACUCAUUUUUAAAUGUGAAUUAUGCGAAAGGUCCUUUUGUUCAAUAUAUAACAAAAAUUGUGCUUAAAUCAGUAAUAAGAAUCCUAUGCAUAAGCUUUAAGAUCAUUAAGUACCUGGAACUAUAGAUAUUUAAUGUUUUCGAUAAAAUUAUAUAGAAUAAAAAGGAUUUUUGGAUUAUUAGAAAAAUAAUAAUAUUUCUACUCAGCAUAUAUUUAAAUAUAUGUUGGAAAAUUAUAUUACUAAAGGACUAUUCCGAUAUAUUGAGAGCAAUAGAAUUCUAACUAAUCCUGUUAGAAACAUUGAUUUGACAAUUACUCAUGAAACAGUAUUAAAUUUAUUUUAAUAUAAAAGCCUGUAUGUAGUUAUUGCUUUGGAUAAAUUUGGUAGUAAAUUGUGUUUAGAUAUAGAAUAGCCAUAAAAAAUGAAUUGCCAGAUGAUUUAAAAAAUCGAUCAUAAUGUUGGUAUGGAAUUAAUUGCAAAACAAUGAUUCAUAAUCAAGGGCAUGCAAAAAAUUAUGAUCACAUAUGUGAAUAGACCAAGCUUUGA